AUGGGUUACUUAGUUUCUCUUCCAAAGUACAUGUUGGCAUAUUUUAAAACUGUGUUAGAAUCAGGGAGUGUGGGGAACGCAUCGUCCUCUGAUGAAGAAUUGGAGCAGUGGGAGCAGAUAUUCAUGAUGAGAGACGAGAAUGGAAAUAGUUAUAAUGACAAAAGAAAGAAACGCAGUAUAUGGUGUCGUCCCUCAUGCAUUCCAGUGUCAAUAGUUAUAGUAUUGAUUGUGCUUGUUGUGUUGGUCCCGUUGCUCGACCAACCAAACUUAGUUGCAGAGAGCACUCCUAGUGUUCCCAUAUCUUUACAUUGCUCAGAUGAGUGUAGGUUAUCAUUAGUCGAAAGUAUACCAGAAGGUCACAUGUACCCUCCUAAUGUGACGCAUUUGCCAACGAAAAAUGUAUGGCUGGAUUUGAUAGAUGAAGCUCAAACUUCAAUAGAAAUUGCGUCAUUCUAUUGGAGUCUUAGAUAUAACGAAGAAUAUCCUUAUAAUUCCUCUAUAGAGGGAGAACAAGUAUUCCAAUCACUGUAUGCUGCUGGGUCAAAAAGAAAUAUAAAGUUAAAAAUUGCUCAAAAUUGGCCCAGCAAAGGAAAUCCCAAUAUAGAUACAGAAUAUUUAGUUAAGAAAAAAGCUGCCCAGGUAAGAAGUCUCAACUUCUCGAAGUGGUUCGGCAGUGGUGUGCUGCAUACGAAGUUUUGGAUUGUUGACAGACAACACUUUUACAUUGGCAGUGCCAACAUGGACUGGAGGUCACUUACACAGGUGAAAGAGUUAGGCAUAGUGGCUCUGAACUGUUCUUGCCUCGCUACAGACUUGGGGAAAAUAUUUGAUGUGUAUUGGAGUUUGGGUGUCCCAGACGCGACGGUACCGGACGUAUGGCCAGAAGAGUUGAACACUGACAUCAACUACCAGCAUCCCAUCAAUAUAUCCGACGGACAAAAUAACUACGGCGCGUUUAUCACUAGUUCUCCACCUGCACUGAGUCCUGUCGGCCGUACAGACGAUGGCACCGCUAUCGUCAACAUAAUAAACGACGCCGAGGAGUUUGUGUACAUCUCCGUUAUGGAUUACGAGCCCAUGUGCACUUUCACACACAAAAUGACAUUCUGGCCAAAUAUCGACGACGCGCUUAGAAAAGCAGCACUAGAAAACAAAGUUAAGGUGAAACUGCUUAUAAGUUGGUGGAAACACUCAUCGCCGGCUGAAGAUCACUUCCUGAGGUCACUCGCCGAUCUGUCAGAGUCGUAUCCAAGAGUUGACAUACAAGUGAAACGUUUCAUAGUCCCAUCGACGCCAGACCAAGACAAGAUCCCGUACGCGCGAGUUAACCACAACAAGUACAUGGUCACCGACCACACAGCUUAUAUCGGCACCUCGAAUUGGUCCGGGGACUACUUCACCACAACCGCCGGAGUGGCUUUCGUGUUCGAAGAUCAUCUUCGAUACGAGGGAAGCUUCCAAAAUCUCACGCGAGACAUUAGGAAAGAUCUCCAAGAAGUAUUCGAAAGGGAUUGGAAUUCGCCGUACGCCGUACCGCUGAGGCGGUUAUAG